CAUUCAUAUCCGUUCGUGUCACGUCAGUGCUGGGAAAAAAGGACUUGUAAUUGCAGCGAUGUCAGUUCAGGUUGUGGCAACGAAAAUGGCCGAGGUCGAAUUAAAAGACGUCCCAAGCAAAGACUUGUCUCCUAUCUCGCCCCUCGCAUCUAAGUCGGACGAGAAAGACGGCACCAAAACCGAGCCCUGUGCGGCUGUGUCCUCGGCUACGUCUCCAACCGCGGAGCCCACUGUGAGGGCAGACUCAAGCCCGAACCCCACGAAGAUGCCGCAGGCUUCAGCAAUGAAGCGUCCUGACCAGCAACAAAACGGUGGCGAGGCUUUUGUGAACCAAGACGGUACUGUUGCUGAAGCCCCGAGGAUGAAAAAGCAGAUCCAGUUUGCUGACCAGAAGCAAGAAUUUAACAAACGUCCAUCAAAGAUCGGACGCCGCUCUCUGUCUCGCUCCAUCUCCCAGUCAUCUACAGACAGCUACAGCUCAGCUGCAUCCUACACAGACAGCUCGGAUGAUGAGACGUCUCCUCGUGAUAAACAGCAGAAGAACUCCAAAGGCAGCGCAGACUUCUGCAUCAAGAACAUCAAGCAGGCCGACUUCGGACGCAGGGAAAUCGAGAUCGCUGAGCAAGAGAUGCCAGCUCUGAUGGCCCUGAGGAAACGUGCUCAAGGAGAAAAGCCUCUAGCUGGAGCCAAAAUAGUGGGGUGUACACACAUCACCGCUCAGACUGCUGUCCUGAUGGAGACGCUCUCUGCUCUGGGAGCUCAGUGCCGCUGGGCUGCUUGUAAUAUCUACUCCACUCAGAAUGAGGUGGCUGCAGCACUCGCCGAGGGAGGUUUUUCUGUGUUUGCCUGGAAGGGGGAAUCAGAGGAUGACUUCUGGUGGUGUAUCGACCGCUGUGUAAACCUGGAAGGCUGGCAGCCCAACAUGAUUCUGGAUGACGGUGGUGACCUGACCCACUGGAUCUAUAAGAAGUACCCCAACAUGUUCAAGAAGAUCAAAGGCAUCGUGGAGGAGAGCGUCACAGGGGUGCACAGACUGUACCAGUUGUCCAAGGCGGGGAAGCUGUGUGUUCCUGCCAUGAACGUAAACGACUCGGUGACCAAACAGAAGUUUGACAACCUCUACUGCUGCCGAGAGUCCAUUCUGGAUGGGUUGAAGAGAACCACUGAUGUCAUGUUUGGAGGAAAGCAGGUGGUGGUGUGUGGAUAUGGAGAGGUAGGGAAAGGCUGCAGUGCGGCGCUGAAGGCCAUGGGCUCCAUCGUCUAUGUGACAGAAAUCGACCCCAUCUGUGCCCUGCAGGCCUGUAUGGAUGGAUUCCGAUUGGUCAAACUCAGCGAAGUCAUCCGACAAGUGGACAUUGUCAUAACUUGCACAGGCAAUAAGAAUGUGGUGGUGAGGGACUAUCUGGACCGCAUGAAGAACGGCUGCAUUGUGUGCAAUAUGGGCCACUCCAACACUGAGAUCGACGUGGCAAGCCUUCGGACCCCUGAGCUGACUUGGGAGCGUGUGAGAUCUCAGGUGGAUCAUGUCAUCUGGCCUGAUGGCAAGAGGAUAGUGCUGCUGGCAGAGGGUCGCCUCCUCAACCUCAGCUGCUCCACUGUGCCCACCUUUGUGUUGUCCAUCACUGCCACAACCCAGGCUCUGGCUCUGAUUGAGCUCUACAAUGCUCCUGAGGGACGAUACAAGCAGGACGUCUACCUGCUGCCCAAGAAGAUGGAUGAGUAUGUUGCCAGCCUGCACCUGCCCACAUUUGAUGCCCAUCUGACUGAGCUGACUGACGAACAGGCCAAAUAUCUGGGCCUCAACAAGAACGGACCCUUCAAGCCAAACUACUACAGGUAUUAGAUGUGGAGGAUGAAGAAGUGAAGCGGAAUGGAGGGGAGAUGAGCAAGGGGGGGCCAUGUGGGUUCGGGAGAAGAACCUUCUAUUUAUUAAAUCUGCCCCACUCAUCUCCAUGGAGAUUUUACCCAUGAUCCUCUGCUGCCCCACUCAUCUCCAUGGAGAUUUUACCCAUGAUCCUCUUAGCCCAUGUGUCUGCUAUGUGUCCCUCUAGCACUCAUGGUUGAGUGUAUCCUUAACGUGACAAAACACACACACACACAUACACACACACCUCUAGCACUCAUGGUUGAGUGCAUCCUUAAUGUGACAAAACACACAUGCAUACAAAUUCACAUAUACACACUCGUGCACACAAACAUACGUAUACACACACUCGAACACACACACUCACACGCUCUCACACACACAUUAGUUAACAUGACGACACAAUGUUUUUAUUUUCCUCAGUUGGACACACACUCACUCACAUACACACUAAUUACCAUGACAACCCAAUGUUUUUACUCUGUGGGUUUUUUGUUUGUGAUUAUUUUGUUCUUUUUACUGAAUUGUUGUGUUGGGAAGGAAAUAUAGCCUGGGGCCAAUCAUA